GUCUUCAUUCUUUUUAUGCACAGAGAUACAGAAUCUCAGUUGUCCUCAGAUGCGGACCUUGAGGAUCCUGAUGGAAGAAACACUAAGGGAGGAAGGGGCCUGGGAGCCAAAAUGGGGAGGAAGGUGCUGGGAGACAAGGCCAGAGGUGGGGCAGGAGGAAGAGUCAGCGGUGCUGGCUGGGUCAAUGGCCAUCGUCAGGAGAACGGGUUGGAGAACAUGAGCCUGUUUGAGGUGGUUAAAAUGGGGAGGAGUGCCACACAGUCUGUGGUGGAUGACUGGAUUGAGGCCUACAAACAGGACAGAGAUGUGGCGCUCUUAGAGUUGAUCAACUUCUUCAUCCAGUGUUCCGGCUGUAAAGGUGCUGUGAGUGAAGAAAUGUUCAGACAUAUGCAGAACUCAGAAAUCAUCAGGAAAAUGACAGAGGAGUUUGAUGAGGACAGCGGCGACUAUCCUUUAACACUCUCAGGACCCCAGUGGAAAAGAUUCAGGAUAAACUUUUGUGACUUUAUUGCGGUGCUGGUUCGUCAGUGCCAGUACAGCAUUAUCUACGAUGAGUAUAUGAUGGAUACGGUCAUCUCUCUGCUCACUGGCCUGUCUGACUCCCAGGUCAGAGCGUUUAGACAUACAAGCACACUAGCAGCCAUGAAGCUGAUGACUGCCUUGGUCAACGUCGCCUUGAACCUGAGCAUCAACAUGGACAACACUCAGAGACAGUAUGAGGCAGAAAGGAACAAAGUUAUUGCAAAAAGAGCCAAUGAUAGGCUGGAGCUGCUGCUACAGAAGAGGAAAGAGCUCCAGGAAAACCAAGAUGACAUUGAAAACAUGAUGAAUGCAAUUUUCAAAGGAGUCUUUGUCCACAGAUAUCGUGAUGCUAUUGCUGAAAUUCGGGCUAUUUGCAUUGAGGAGAUUGGAGUGUGGAUGAAGCUGUACAGUGAUGCCUUCCUCAAUGACAGCUACUUGAAGUACGUUGGCUGGACAAUGCAUGACAAGCAAGGUGAGGUCCGGCUGAAGUGCCUGACUGCCCUGCAGGGGUUGUACUACAACAGAGAACUAGGCUCCCGCCUGGAGCUCUUCACCAGUCGCUUCAAGGACCGGAUUGUGUCAAUGACUCUGGAUAAAGAAUAUGAUGUUGCAGUGCAAGCUGUUAAACUUCUGACACUCAUUUUACAGAGCAGUGAUGAGGUUCUGACAGCAGAGGACUGUGAGAGCGUCUAUCACCUGGUUUACUCUGCACACCGACCUAUCGCUGUUUCUGCAGGAGAAUUUCUGUUUAAAAAGCUCUUCAGCCAUCGAGGUCCAGAAGAAGAGGGUCUACCGAGGAGAGGGAGGCAGAGCCUCAACGGCAGCCUGAUCAAGACUACGGUCUUCUUCUUCUUGGAGAGCGAGCUCCAUGAACACGGCGCCUAUCUGGUGGACAGCCUGUGGGAGUGUGCGUCGGAGCUGCUGAAGGACUGGGAAACCAUGAUCAGCCUGUUGCUGGAUGAACCCAUGCCAGGAGAGGAGGCCCUCACAGAUCGACAGGAGAUGGCCUUGGUUGAGAUUAUGCUCUCUGCCAUCCGACAGGCAUGUGAAUGUCAUCCUCCGGUCGGCAGAGGCACGGGAAAGAGGGUCUUAACUGCAAAAGAGAAGAAAACUCAGCUGGACGAUCGGACACGGAUCACAGAAAUGUUUGCAGUUGCGUUACCUCUACUGUUAGCGAAGUACUGCGUCGACAUUGAUAAGGUGACCAAUUUACUUCAAAUACCAAAAUACUUUGAUCUUGACAUCUACACCACCGGCCGGUUAGAAAAGCAUAUGGAUGCCUUGCUGCGCCAAAUCUGGGAGGUUGUGGAUAAGCACACAGACACCGAAGUCUUGGAGGCCUGUUCUACAACCUACCACUACCUCUGCAACGAGGAGUUCACCAUUUUCAACCGCGUGGACAUUGCCUGCUCGCAACUCCUUGACGAGUUGGUGGACAAAUUCAACAGACUUCUGGAGGACUUCCUGCAGGAGGGGGAAGAGCCAGAUGAGGAUGAUGCCUACCAAGUUCUAUCAACUCUUAAGAAGAUCACUGCUUUUCACAAUGCUCAUGAUCUCUCCAAGUGGGACCUGUUCACCAGCAACUACCGACUACUCAGCAUUGGUUUGCAGAAUGGGGACAUGCCAGAACAGAUUGUGAUUCAUGCAAUGCAGUGCACGCAUUACAUAGUCCUCUGGCAUCUCGCUAAGAUUUCGGACGGCAGUUCCAUAAAGGGGGAUUUGGUGACUUUGAGGAAAGAGAUGAGAGCUUUCUGCUUAAUAUGUCAGCGCUACCUGAACAGCAUCAGCACAGCAGUGAAGGAGCAGGCAUUCACUAUACUGUGUGAUAUGCUGCUGAUCUUCAGUCACCAAAUCAUGUCGUCAGGCCGGGAACACCUGGAGAAUCUGGUCUAUGCGCCAGAUUCUUCCCUGCAAGCAGAACUGCUCAACUUCAUCUUGGAUCAGGUUUUUAUUGACCAGGAUGAUGACAGCAACAGUGCAGAUGGACAACAGGAUGAUGAGGCCAGUAAAAUCGAGGCUCUUCACAAGAGGAGAAACCUUCUUGCUGCUUAUUGCAAAUUAAUCAUUUACAAUGUGGUUGAAAUGAACACUGGAGCAGAUAUAUUUAAGCAGUACAUGAGAUAUUACAAUGAUUAUGGUGACAUCAUCAAAGAAACGAUGAGUAAAACAAGACAAAUUGACAAAAUACAGUGUGCAAAGACGCUCAUAUUGAGCCUGCAAAAGUUAUUCAAUGAGAUGAUGUCAGAACUGGGUUUUAACUUUGACCGCUCGUCAUCAGCUUUCUGUGGUAUAAAGGAACUGGCUCGACGCUUCUCCCUCACCUUCGGUUUGGAUCAGUUAAAAACCAGGGAGGCAAUCGCCAUGUUACACAAAGACGGGAUAGAGUUUGCUUUUAAAGAACCGAGUCCACAAGGCGAAGGGGGUCCGCCACUUAAUCUGCCAUUUUUGGAUAUCCUAAGCGAGUUUUCCAGCAAACUCAUCCGACAGGACAAGAGGACGGUUCACAUGUAUCUGGAGCGAUUUAUGACAUUUCAAAUGGCCCUUCAGAGAGAUGACUGCUGGCUGCCCCUCAUCUCCUACCGGAACUCUCUGCAGGCCGGGAUGGACGAUGACACCAUGUCUGUCAUCAGUGGGAUCAGCAGUCGAGGGUCAACUGUUCGGAGUAAGAAGUCCAAACCAGCCGCUGCAAGCAAGAGAAAACUGCCUGAAGAGGAGAACAGCAGCAGCAGCUUUGAUGGAGCCUGGAUGAGUCGUGAGCAGAGCGUGCCGACGCCGGUUAUGAUGCAUUCACCGCACAUCACUUCCACCGUGUUGAGGGACCCUAAGAGGAUGAGGCCAGAGGAAAGCUACGCAGCCACCUUCUCCACGCCUGCAGAGCAGCACCUUCAUCAAGCGCUUCCCCCACAACAACAGCUGCCUCAUCCCCAGCACCAGGCUGCCAUGGAUUACAACACGCAGGUCACCUGGAUGUUGACACAGAGGCAACAAGCUGAAGCCCGUCAGCACCAGGAGAGGGUUAGCAUGCAUUACGCCAAGAUGAGGAACCACAUGCAGCAAGCAAUUCGCCGAGGGUCUGGAUUAAUGGAGGAUGAUGAGGAACCAAUAGUGGAGGAUGUGAUGAUGUCAUCAGAGGAUCGCCUGGAGGACAUCAACGAGGGCAUGGAUUUCAAUACAAUGGAAAUUGAUUUGCCUGCUUCUAAGAAUCGGAGAGAAAGGAACGAACUAAAGCCAGAUUAUUUUGAUCCAUCUUCCAUCAUGGAUGAUUCGGUUCUUAAUGUUCCAAUGUUCUAACACGAAGUGGACGGAGGACAAUGCAUAAUCCAGAUCCUCUUCUUGGAAGAAGAAAUGACCGCUCUCUGUGAAAUCUUUGAAAGGAAAAGGUUAAAAUGAACUAUUACAAUGGUCUUUUGAAGACUCAUUUAUUUGCCUCUUUAACACUUAAAGACUUGGAGGUGGAGCCUUCAGUUGAAUUAGAAUUUAAUCCUGAGUUUUAACGCUUUUUGAUUGGUCCAACCGCAAGAGAACCAGGGUUCUGGUUCACUUCCUGAUUCCUGGAGGAAAUACAGAAUAAUCAGUCUGGGUGUGAAAGCUAAAUUCAGACUAUGGCCAUUUCUCAAUUCACUACAAUGCGAGUAAGUACUUGUACUAUCACCAAGUAUGUUUUUGACAAGAACACAGGAAAGUGUGGACUCAGGGAGAACGGGAGCAGGCAGCAUAAAUAUGGGUAAAUUGGAACAGAAGCGUACUCGUGACGUCAUCACAUUCAAAGCUAGUCUGGAGCAGCUUUCAACUCCUAUUAUUUAUAGCCUCUAGAUAGAAAUAAGUUAAAUUCAUUAUAAAUUAAUUAAAUAAAACAAUCAAACCUACGUCUGCUGUAGACGGCUAACGUUAGCCCUGGCUAGCCUCAGAGCUGAUUGCCACAGUCCUCUCAACAUCAGAACUUUUUUAAAUUACCCACUAAAUCAGUCAAAAGGCCAUAUAGUAAUGCUUAAAGUAUAAUGUUUUUCGCCUCAAAUGAUAUUAAAGUAAAAUUUUGUGGAACAACGGCAACAGAAAAUAGAACUUUUAACUUAGCACUCUGAGCUCUGUGAGCGCUAACCUGGAAGCUGCUGCUGCCGUGGUGCAUGCUGGGACAGCUGUCGACAAGUCCUCUCUGAUGCAUGCUGGGUAAAGAGAGAGGGGUGAAAACAACAUCCAGAUACUGUCCGUUCUCUGUCUUGAGUUCUUGGCAAUCAGAACAGUGCUUGGCUGAUGAAGUUUCACGAGCACACAAGGACGCACAAGUACACAGAUUGAGAAAUGGCCUAUAUCUUUUUUUUCUUUUCUUCCUUUUUUCAUUUGUUAUAUAAACAGUUGUCUGAUGUAAAUACAUAGAGGCCAACGUUCAGGACAGGUGAACACAAUUUCAUUACCAAUGAUUUUCAGCCGUCUGAUAAUGAACCACUUUACUAUUGCUGUUACUUCUAAAAAAUAACGUUGGGUUACUGUAAUACCAACGAACCAAAUAUGCGAUCGUAGAGUAUUUCCAGAACAGCAGCGCCCUCUACAUGGCAACUACAUGAAAUAAGGCGGUUAGUGUUAUUGUGUUCACUUCUUGUCGUGGCGAGCCGUAGAUUUUUGGCAUGGUAUGUAGCCAUAUAUGGAGAUCUAUACGCAGUGAAUCCUGAUGUGAACUAGCUUGUUAUGCUGUUUAAAAGGCCUUGCCCUCAGUGGUGUACAGCAUCCUCACAUUUCUUUGUGAUGGUAUUUUUAAGAAACAUUUGUUCUGCUUUUAUACCCUAUAGAUAACUUUGAUUUAUAGGUAUUUUGUAUUGACAAUCAAAUGUAAAUGAAAGGUUUAUAAUCACGCUAAUAAUGCUUUUGAACUAAAAUGGAACAGUGUUACUUUAGGUAUGGCCAGUUGUUUCUUUUCUCUCUAUGAUUAAGGCUUUAAUGUGGUUCUAUAAAAAUAGACGGUUGAUUCUAACAGUUCCUGGACAUAUUUACGGUCCCACCUGUACAAUCCUGACCCACCCAUAAACCUUUAAUCUUUCCUAUAGCCUGUUUUUACAUUGUAUUGUAACUAAUAUCUAAUAUUCCUCAACAUUUUUGUUAAAAACAAAAAAAGGACUUGGAAAAACUCUGAAGAAAGUUUUGUUUGUUAUUUUUUUAAUCCCAGUAUACAGCUGUGCAGAGGAUUUUUUUAUACGUUUUGGUUUUCCACUGUUAUUAAGAAAAUAUUCUCAAUUGCUAAGGCACAGAAUACUUUAGAAAAAUUAUGAUAGUAUCUGACUUGUAUAUUAUACGGUUAAAAAGGUGUAAUAUAUUGUGAGUGUGUGCGUUUAUAGGUGCACUUUCUUCACGUGUGAAACUAGGUUGCGGUUAAAGAAAAACUAUGCUACUCUGACAUUAACCCAGCCAUUUUUAGGUACGGCUCUACAGUUUUUACCUCGUUUCUCACAGUUUUCUUCUCUAUACUGGCCCAGUUUGCAGAUGCUACCUUUAUAGAAGACAGUAUAAGUGCAUAUUGUAGCUAGGAAAAAAAACAACAAAAUUUUCUCUGUAAACUAGAGAGGGAUAACCUGAGUAUUUAGAUAACCACAUUAAAAUAAGCUUUUGUGUCGGCGGAAAUAGGAAUGGUACAUGAUUAUUUAGAGCAUUUCAGUUUGCAUUGUUUAGGUUUUUACAUUGAAUUCCUGGAUACAUCUGUUUGUUUAUACAUAUUUAAAUAUUUUCAUAUAUUAAAUUUGUGAUUUUUAUUCUAUUUACAAAGUGCCCAUUGCAUCUUUUAAUAUUUGUAUUUAUGUCCUGAAAUGUAACACAACCCAAUAAAUCAUUUAAAACUUGAA